GGGAAAAAAAACUAAAGAGGUGAAGACCGAAGAAGAGCGAGAGCGACCGCAUCCCUUUCCUCUCUCUCUCUCUCUAUUCUCUCUCUCAGUGUUUAUUUGAGACAAAAGGUGAUUGCAAAAACACUUACCGCGAAGAGCAACAAAAGAAAGAAAAGGAGAGAAAGAGAAAGAAAGAGACGACAGACGACAACGUAUAGAGUGUGUGUGUGUGUGUGUGUGUGUGUGAGAGAGAGAGAGAGAGAGAGAAGCAACUGUAGAAGCUAUCAAAACCACAGAAAGGAAAACGAUGUCUGAGAGCUUCACAUCCUUUCAUACCCUGCAACUCUAAGAGUGGUGAUAAUAAGGUGAGGUUGCUAGUGGAGGAGAAUCUGAAAGAGAUGAAGGUGAUGAUGAUUUUAACAUGGGAAUAGCAACACCGCCACUUUCGUCCAUUCUCUCACACUCAAACAAACACGAUUCUUCGAAUUCUAUGUCCCAAGAUUAUCAACAAGGAAUCUUCAGCUUCUCGAAUGGGUUCGAGAGAUCAUCGACGGUAGGUCCGCAGCAGCAGAUCCGGAGGGAGAAAGCGAGGUUCGAGGCAGCAGCGCCGCCGCCAUUGGUGGGGAUAGAGGAAGAAGAACCGGGAGGGAUUCCGGUGUACGAAAGCGCCGGGAUGUUGUCGGAGAUGUUUAAUUUUCCUCCCGCCGGCGGCGAAUUGUUGGAACAGCAGCAGCCGGUGACGGCGUCGUUUCGAGCGGCGAGGCAACCGGGAGAGUGGUACGGAAACCGGCAACUAGGGGUAAUGAAUAUGAUGAGUGGGUUGGGAGAUUCGAAGAACCAAAACGGUGCGCAUAGCCGAGAAGGUUUGGUUCAGAACCAGAUUUCAAGCAUUAAUGCUGAGUCAGCAGCUGCCAUGCAGCUUUUCCUGAUGAACCCUCAAACGAGGUCACCUUCUCCUCCCCAGAAUCACGCUCCUCCUUCCUCAACGCUUCACAUGUUGCUUCCCAACCCUUCUUCUAAUUCGCUUCAAGGGUUCACCGGUUCGGCACCGGGAGGGUCUUUUGGUCAAUUCACUUGGGUUCCUGACAGUGCUCAUCAAGAAGGAGGUGUUGUGGAAGGGCAAGGUCUUUCGUUGUCGUUGUCUUCUUCGUUGGAAGCGGCGAAAGCGGAGGAAUUGAGGAUGGGGGAUAGUGGUUUUCUGUAUUAUAAUCAUCAACAAGGUCCCUCUUCUUCUUCUUCCGCGGCUCAGUUUCAGUACAAGAAUAAUAACCACCAUUUGCAAGGGGCAAUAGCACACAACAACCACCACCAGGGACACGUUGGGUUCGGCUCAUCGUCGUUAGGUGUAGUCAAUGUUCUCAGAAAUUCCAAGUAUGUGAAGGCUGCACAAGAGUUGCUCGAAGAGUUUUGCAGUGUUGGGAGGGGUCAGUUUAAGAAGAACAAGUUCAAUAGGCAAAAUUCAAACCCUAAUUCAAAUCCUGGGGGCGGUGCUGCUUCUUCGUCUUCAUCAAAAGAUGCUCCUCCUCCUCCUCCUUUGUCAGCAGCUGAUAGGAUUGAGCAUCAGAGAAGGAAGGUCAAACUUCUAUCAAUGCUUGACGAGGUGGACAGGAGAUACAACCACUACUGCGAACAAAUGCAAAUGGUAGUGAACUCAUUUGACCUGAUGAUGGGGUUUGGUGCGGCUGUUCCAUACACGGCACUGGCGCAAAAAGCAAUGUCUAGGCAUUUCCGGUGUCUGAAGGAUGCAAUAACAGCGCAGCUGAAGCACAGUUGUGAGCUACUAGGAGAGAAAGAUGGUGCAGGAACCUCAGGUUUGACCAAGGGAGAGACCCCAAGGCUUAAGAUGCUUGAACAAAGCCUAAGACAGCAGAGAGCCUUCCACCAGAUGGGUAUGAUGGAACAAGAAGCUUGGAGACCACAGAGAGGCUUGCCUGAACGAUCUGUCAACAUUUUAAGAGCCUGGCUUUUCGAGCAUUUUCUCCACCCGUAUCCAAGCGAUGCAGAUAAGCAUCUGUUGGCACGACAGACCGGGCUAUCGCGAAAUCAGGUAUCAAACUGGUUCAUUAAUGCCAGGGUUCGGUUGUGGAAACCCAUGGUGGAAGAGAUGUACCAACAAGAACUUAAAGAAGCAGAGAGUGCAGAAGAGAGAGAAAAGAACGAGAGCAACAGCAAUAGUGGCCACCUAGCACAAACUCCAACCGCAGCAGCAGCAGCUACAACAUCAACAGCAACAGCGCCACCACCACCAACAACAACGACAACAACAACAAAACCAACAGGCAAAAGAUCCGAUAUCAAUGCCACUGAAAGCGACCCUUCACUUGUCGCAAUCAAUAGGCAAGGUUUCUCGGAAAACAAAGCAAAACAGUCCACCACCUCCACCACUACAACCACCACCAUCAACGCCACCGCCUCUGAGGUGGCGCCACCCGUGUCUCAGUGCUUCGACUCAGACCUGCCACCACACAGAUCAAUUGCCAGUGAUGACACGUGUCGCUUGGUUACAGCAGAUUAUGGGACCGCCUCUGCAAGUGCUGACAUUGGAUCCACUCUCAUUAGAUUUGGGACCACCCCCGGUGACGUGUCACUCACCCUAGGGCUACGCCACGCCGGGAACAUGCCCGAGAAAACCCCUUUCUCUGUUAGAGACUUUGGAGCCAUUUAAACUUAAUUUCAUAUAGUACUUCACAUAAUAAUAUAAAUAAUAUAUAGGAAGAUGCUUUAUCAUAUUAUAUCAUCAUCAAAAGAAAACAUUUUUUCCCCUUUAAUACCAUCUUGAUAUUCCUCCGUCUUAUUUGCAUUGUGGAUGGACAGGAAAAAAAAGGUCAUAAUACGAUUUGAAAAACGUAGUCUUAAGUUAGCUAGCUAGCUAUAGCGUAUGGUAUCUGUUGUAUAACUGUAUAGUAGAUUGUUUUCCAUUAUUUUUUUUUUGUUUCCCAUAUAUGUACUUAGAUUAUUUAAGGUUUGUAGUUUAGUUUUGAUAGGACUUGAUCUAGUCAAUAACCGGAAUAAAGUGUUCCUUUUUUUUCAUUUUAAGUUCGCGCAAUUUUAAGCCUUCCACUG